UUCUGCUGCCUUUUUUCACAGAAGGAGCAGCUGAGGCCCUCGCCUCAUCUACGGAAGCAAAGAGUUUCCCCAAAGCCCUUGCAUUUGGCAACAUGAGCUCAGCCCCAUGGUAUAAGGAAAAAUUGCCUUCCAAAUGCUUUCAUGAAUGCAUUGUUAACAAAAAGAGGUUCUCUGAUGCCCUCAAUGGCCAGCGAUGGAGAUUUUUGAAAAGUGGCAUAGAUGAUUUCAGAAAUGGCUGCCCUCCCCCUUCUGACAAUAUAAUUAUUAGAGGUAAAAUGGGACCUGUACCGAUAAUUCUACAGUACAAAAAACCAGAUACUUCACAAAUCAUGCCAUAUAAAGCUGCAGAACUACAGACCAAAAGUGAUAUAAUUUACUCCAAACUUAGUCCAGCGCAGAAAGCAAAGAAAGAUUAUAUAGCACAGACAGAACACUGCUUGGCCCAACACCCGCUAGCACUUUAUCCUCAUUUGGAGGAGAGUGUGCCACCAGAGCUUUUCUGUGAUGUUGUGAGGCUCCUGGAUCCUGAGAUGCACCUGAGUAGAGGCUCAUUCCAUGACUACCAAACUCAUAGGGAUCUCCACACUACCGUUCAGUAUCAGGUGCCACGUGACACAAAACCAGAAACACGCCACACCCCAACUGUCCCGGUAUGGCUGCCUAAAAAGAAAAACCCUUACACAUGGCUUAGCGAAAAAGAGGUGGCAGAGAGAGAAAAAGCAGCCAAAAUAGCCUACAUUCCUCCCUUGGAUGAGAAUGUAAAACGUGUGACGAAGGAAUUCUGUGAAUGGGUCAGUGCAAUGGGAGGUGAAAAUAACAUCGAUGAAGCCACCAUCAUGGAACUGUUUGAUACAAGGUAUGAAAGCAAGGCCAAGGCAUCAUCACCCAUUAAAAUAGUGGAGCUAUAUCAUGUGCCAGGAGAACUGAGGGAGUGUGAAGGAAAAGUCAGCUGGGGAUCUGUUAAGAAGAUCAAGCGGGUACCUUCAGAGCCCAAAUGUGAAAAGAUUAAAUAUGGAGCCUGGUACCUUCAUCCCAAGAAAUGGAAAAAGAAAAAAGCAGGGGAGCAGGAUAAAAUUCCUGAUUGUCUGCAGUUCUUUCUGAAUUUAAGGGAAAAGAAUAUACCAAAGGAUCAAACUGAUGAAAUGCCACUCCAUGGAACCUAUGCAUUUGAGCAGUUCUUGGAAUCAAAAGGCUACAGGAAACCAGCGUUUCUUCUGCAGAUGUUGGCUGCAAGUAGUCCUGAGAAGGUACUACUAGAUGGGAGUGACUAUUCAAGGAGGCUAUCCAUGAAGUACUUUGAAGACCUUAGAGUGCGAUCUUCCUCAAUCUUUAAGGAUGUGUAGUCAAUGAGUGCUUGUUUUAAUACUUGUACAACCAAGCCACAAAGUUAUUCAUAAUGAGACCACCAAAUCUGCCUCAUAGCUCUCUGCUUUCCUUCACUGGAAACUGCUCAAACAUAGUUGGUUAGACAUAUGGAGAUGUGAACCAAGAAAAUGUAAGGAUGAGGACAUAAGGCCCAAAUAACCUUAGCUAUAAGGGCUAACAAGAACAAGCAUUAACAUUAACCUUUUAAUACUAUUGGAAUGCUUAAACCUACCAAUCAUAUGGAAGUGAAAUGAGUUAUUCAGAUUAUAAUAUAUUUUAGGGAAAACUGAGAACUUUAACUGUAGAUACGAAUGUA